UUUCAAAACAGUGGAAAAAUUUGUAUAAAUGAGAUCAUAGUUUCGUUAUAUUCUAAUAUUUAUGUGACAUGUGAUGUGUGUUCAUACAUUGUUGCAUCAUUGUUCAGUGCAUACGCACAUAGUUGUGUGAACAUUUUCCCAAAUUCAAUGACUGACACACAUUUGAACGUCAUAAAAUGAACAAAAAAUUUUAAUUUAUAUAAGUAUCUUUUUCAGAGAUGUUACUCCGAAGAAUUCUGUAUGAUUGUGCUUUCUGUAAAUUUGACGAUUGGAGGAAUAGAAAAUGUCUUGGAUACGAGAAAAUACCUUGAAUAUUCUGCAGCAGUUAGCUGUAAAAAUAAUAAAAAGCGGUAGAGUUCCAAAACACAUAGCAUUUAUUAUGGAUGGAAACAGGCGUUAUGCUAACAAGUUACAAGUUCAAGGCCUUGAAGGUCACAACAAAGGAUUUGACAAACUUGCGGAAACCCUGCAGUGGUGUUUAGACCUUGGUAUAAGAGAAGUGACCGUGUAUGCAUUUAGCAUAGAAAAUUUCAAACGCAGUCAAGAAGAAGUAGAAGGCCUCAUGAAACUUGCAAAAGAAAAAUUCCAGAAACUUCUCGACGAGAGAGAUAAGCUCAUGGAGCGAGGAGUUCGUAUACGUAUCAUAGGAAAUUUAUCAAUGAUUCCGGAAGAUGUUCGAGAAGUGAUGGCUGAAGCUAUGCUAAUAACGAAAGAUAACGACAAAGCAAUACUCAAUAUAGCCUUUGCGUACACUUCCAGUGACGAAGUAACGGAAGCUAUAAAAGCGGUGGUAAAAGGCGUUAGAAACAACGAAAUCACAGCUGAGGAUAUAAGCGAAGAUUUGAUUUCCAAAAGUCUCUAUACGUACGACUCGCCGGAGCCUGAUCUUUUGAUUCGUAGUUCGGGAGAAGUCAGACUUAGUGAUUUUUUACUGUGGCAAAUAAGCUAUUCGUGUAUAUACUUCGCAGAAGCUUUAUGGCCCGAAUUCAGUAUAUGGGAUUUGCUAGGAGCUAUAUUUUACUACCAAAGAAAAUAUUCAAGUUUGCAAGCAAUGGCGAAAAAAGUGAAAAGUUCAAAACCGAUGUACGACAAUCGAGUAGCUUCUUACGUAAACAGAUUGCAAAGGGAGAGACACGAGUUGUUGGGUAGUAUAUGUUCUCCUCGAGUAAAAUCGUAAUGGACUCGACAUUAUGUGUAAAAUAAUAAACGUGGAAAAAGCCAAAAAGGGUCAAAACUGGAAUCUGAUGAAUGAAAGAGAAAAAAAUAUAUCUAUGUUUCCGAUCAGGCUGUUUUUUUCUUAUCGAUCUCAAGGUGUGUACUUUGUAUAUUCUUCCAUUAUUAUCUUCCGACUGAUUUGAAUGAGGGCAACUGAUAGCAAUAGAAAAUCAUGAAAAGUGACAAAAUACAGUCAAGCCAACUCGGAUAAAGUUUUUCCAUCCUUUUUUUCGUGCGUGUACAAACAUCAUUCCUGAAAUACGCUUUUAGACUAUUAAUUUAUUGUUUCAAAACAAUAUAUGUAUUUACAAUUUUGAAAAUAUUCAAUAAAAGAACACCAAAACAGUA